GCCCAGGUCAAGAAAAUGGAAGGUAUACCAGAAUUCGUUACACCCUUAGCACCACAAAAAGCCUACACGCCCUUAGCUCGACAAGAAGAUCUAGAUGAUGAUUUGGACAGAGAUUACAUUCCGAUUAAUGAGGGACUACAGAGAAAAAUAGUCACUUUAGAUGUUCAAAGAGAUGACAGUGUACAGAAAUCGAGAAUGCAGCUGCCCGUUUUUGAGGAGGAGCAUAGAAUCUUGGAAGCAAUACAUCACAAUGAUUGCGUAAUUAUAUGUGGUGAGACAGGAUCCGGUAAGACCACUCAGGUUCCACAGUUCCUUUUUGAGUCUGGUUAUGGAAGUCCAGAUUCUGAUACUCCGGGUAUGAUUGGAAUCACCCAACCAAGAAGAGUUGCUGCGGUUGCUAUGGCUGAAAGAGUUGGGCGGGAACUUGGCAACUAUAAAAAAAGAGUUGGUCAUCAAAUAAGGUUUGACGCCUCGGUGGAUGAAGAGACAUCUAUCAAAUUCAUGACUGAUGGUGUUCUUUUGAGAGAAAUGAUGUCAGAUUUUCUUUUAACAAAGUACUCGGCAUUAAUCAUCGAUGAAGCUCAUGAAAGAAACAUCAACACUGACAUCCUCAUAGGAAUGUUGAGCAGGGUUAUGAAACUUCGGAGAGACUGGAGCUGCAAAGAUCCAGCCAAAUACAGGCCACUAAAACUGAUUAUUAUGUCUGCAACCCUAAGAGUGUCAGACUUCAGCGAGAAUAAGAGCCUAUUUAGUUCACCACCGCCGAUCAUAAACGUUCAAGCUCGACAGUAUCCUGUCUCUAUUCAUUUCAACAGAAGAACAGCAUUUAACUAUAACGAAGAGGCCUUCAGAAAAACUUGCAAGAUUCACUCGAAGCUUCCACCUGGUGGAAUAUUGGUUUUUUUGACAGGAAAAGGAGAAAUCAAUGAAAUGGUCAGGCGGCUGAGAAAGCGAUUCCCUUUUAAAAGAGGGAACAACUAUGACGAUGUUGCAGAAGUCAAGGUUGAUUCCAGAAAUGCUGAUAUGGAAGCUGAAGAGGUAGACUUUUCUGUCAAUGACAUGAUCGACGACUUCAGUGAGGAAUCUUCCAAUGAAGAUGAUGAGGAGGAGGGAGAAGAAGAAGGUUUCGAGGAGACUCUAGAGGAAGGACAAACGACAGAAGACCCACUGUAUGUACUACCCCUCUAUUCCUUACUUCCUACAAAAGAACAGAUGAAGAUUUUUGAGCAUCCCCCAAAAGGCGCACGGCUGUGCGUUGUCGCUACCAAUAUCGCAGAAACAUCGCUAACAAUUCCGGACAUUAGAUAUGUGGUUGAUUGCGGAAGGUCGAAGGAGAGAACUUUCAACGAAGCAACAGGAGUUCAAUCAUAUGAAAUCAACUGGAUAUCCAAGGCCAGUGCCGAUCAACGUGCUGGAAGAGCCGGAAGAACAGGACCGGGCCACUGUUACAGACUGUUCUCCUCAGCAAUCUAUGAGAGCGAAUUCGCACAAUUCUCCAAACCUGAAAUUCUUAGAAUGCCGGUGGAGAGCGUUGUUUUGACGAUGAAAAGCAUGGGAAUAGAUAAUAUCACCAAUUUCCCUUUUGUCACACCGCCUACUAGAGACUCUCUUAGAAAAGCCGAAAAACUGCUUCAGCAUUUAGGUGCACUGGACGAUCGCAUGAUAAUAACCAAGCUUGGUCAAAAAAUGAGCCAUUUCCCGCUAAGCCCCCGGUUUGCUAAAAUGCUCCUUGUGGCGAACCAACAAGGCUGUUUGCCAUAUAUCAUUGCUGUGGUGUCUGGCUUAUCAGUCGGUGACCCGUUUAUCAGCGAGUCAGAAAUUAUUCCAAGGGGAGAAGAUGACGACGAGAAUGAGUGGAGGAAACAGCAGUUGGCGAAGUUUAACAAAUCACGCCAAUUGUUCACCAAACUAGAUAAAUUCAGCGACGGAUUGCAAAUGCUGUCAGCGAUUUGUGCACAAGAUCAUAUUCCCAGGGCUGAUCGUGAGAAGUUUUUUGAAGACAACUUUCUGAGACCCAAAAUCAUGGAUGAAAUAGUGAAGCUGAGAAAGCAGCUGACUUACAUCGCUAAAGUGAAUCUCAGCAAAGACUCUAUAGCUGCUUCCUCUCUGGUCAAAGAUGAAGAAUUAAUGCUCAGUCCACCUACGAAGGUACAAGUGGAAGCAAUCAAACAGAUGAUAACAGCAGGUUUUAUCGACCACGUUGCCGUGCGCGCAGACAUCGUGGAUAAAAAUGUCAAAAUACCUAACAAUGCACCAAUUACGGCAAUUCAAUACCUUACUUUGAUGCCUACAAGUGAAUCUAAUUCGGACCGCUUUGUUUAUAUUCAUCCAAAUUCCGUUCUAUCCAAGUGUGGUGAACUGCCACCAUCUUACCUAGUUUAUCAGUCACUUACCACUAACAAUGCAUCUGCAACAAGCAAAUUAAGAAUGCGACCGCUUACAGAUAUCGGAGGUCGCGCACUGGCAAACGUGGCCGCCAGUUCAGGUUUGAUAACAUACUCUAAGCCAUUAGGCCACCCAUAUGCUCCGAAAGAGAUCAGUCAAACAGAGAGAGAGUGUUAUGUUGUACCUAGAAUGGGUGCCAAUAUAGGAACCGGUGGAGUAGGUUGGGACCUCCCGGCAAUUAAGGUUCGCCAAAGCAAAGUUAGGGGAAACUGGGUCAUCAAACGAUAAGGGUCAUAAUCUAUUACCAAUAUUUUCGGCUGUGUGAAGGUAGUGUAGGUACUAAUAAU